UGGUUUGCAUACACAGUCUUUGUAAACAAGGAAAGGUCUGGAGGGUGUCAGCAUGGUAUUUCCAUAGAGGUCCUAAUUUGCAACUGUGUCGUCGAGGAGGAGACUCCUGUGGACUUCUCUGAGGGAAGUUGAACCAGUCCGGGUUUGAGGGAAGGAUGAGAUAAUGUGUGCUCAACAUGUAGCAGAAGUCAACACCACAGAAGUCAAGUGGCAGAAGGUUUUAUAUGAGCGGCAGCCCUUCCCCGACAAUUAUGUCGACCAAAGAUUCCUGGAAGAACUCCGGAAAAACAUCUACGCCCGGAAAUACCAAUACUGGGCUGUGGUGUUUGAGUCCAGUGUGGUGGUUCAGCAGCUGUGCAGUGUCUGUGUUUUUGUAGUGAUCUGGUGGUACAUGGAUGAGGGUCUUCUGGCCCCCCAGUGGCUUUUUGGGACUGGACUGGCAUCUUCAUUGAUUGGAUAUGUUUUAUUUGAUCUCAUCGAUGGAGGUGAUGGACGGAAGAAGAGUGGGCGGACCCGGUGGGCUGACCUGAAGAGUACUCUGGUCUUCAUUACUUUCACUUACGGUUUUUCACCAGUGCUAAAGACCCUGACAGAGUCUGUCAGCACUGACACCAUCUAUGCCAUGUCAGUUUUUAUGUUGUUAGGCCAUCUUAUCUUCUUUGAUUAUGGUGCCAAUGCCGCGAUUGUGUCCAGCACACUCUCCUUGAACAUGGCCAUCUUUGCUUCUGUUUGCCUGGCCUCACGCCUCCCCCGGUCAUUGCAUGCUUUCAUUAUGGUGACUUUUGCAAUCCAGAUUUUUGCACUGUGGCCCAUGUUACAGAAGAAACUGAAGGCAUAUACCCCACGAAGCUAUGUAGGGGUCACUUUGCUUUUUGCAUUUUCAGCUUUUGGGGGUCUUUUAUCCAUCAGUGGUGUGGGAGCCAUACUCUUUGCCCUUCUGCUGAUUUCCAUUUCGUGUCUCUGCCCUUACUACCUCAUUCGUCUGCAGCUUUUUAAGGAAAAUAUUCAUGGGCCUUGGGAUGAAGCUGAAAUUAAAGAAGACUUGUCUAGGUUCCUUAGCUAAGCUAGGGACCUUCAUUUCAUUAUUACAACAAGCUGAAAGACUUAGACCCUGACCAGUAUAACACUUAAAGGCAGAGUUCCUCUCUUGAAGCUGUGGGCUGAUCUGUGUGGUAGAACAGAGAGAAGAAGGAAGCAUUUAACCUAGGGCUCAGGGGAAGAGUUUUGACCUUCAGUUAUUUUGUGACUGAAAAAUCUUUCUGGUGCUGUCAUGAAUUAUUGUCCCUCUUUAUUCCUUGUAACAAAUGAUAUAAUGUGAGUUAUGCUUAUUAAAAAAGUAACACCAA